UCAUCCAGUGGGAUCAGAUUUCUCACAUUCACGAUGGUUGGAGCAUCACCAUUUCAGAACCUAUUCACUUGCAUUAUAUGGAAUCACAGAGAUGGAUUAUUUUUCUAAAAAUAUUUUUCUGUGUUCAUCUGAAGAAAUUGUUAUGCAUUUGGUAGGCUACUUUGUGGAUGAUAAAUGAUUUUCAUUAAAUUAAUUUUCAUUGCAACUAUACUUUUAAAAUAUCAUGCUAUGAGCUUAGCAAAGUGAUAAUGUCAAACUCUAUUGUAAGGCAACUAAGUAGACUGUUAUAUAUAUAUUAUAUAUUAACUAUACAUAUCCUUGCACUUCCUUUGUAUUACUGAGUAUUGCUUGUUGCCACAGCAAUUUCACUGCCAAGGAUGGAACUAUUUAAAGAAAAACAUGAUGUCAUUAUGCAGCAUCAGAGUGAGUAAUAGAUGGGUUGGUCAGUCUGAUCCAGACACUGUAUAAAUGAAAGGACGGUAAGGAGAGCAAAGCAAACUCCUAACAGGAGAAGACUCACUCAUGGCCUAUGAGACAGAGGAUCAUGAGACUCAAUACUGCUUUCCUGCCAUCAACUCAUCAUGUAUCAAGGGAAAACGCUCCAGACAUGAAUACAAUAUCAUGUAUGUGUUUUUUUCAUUGCUGUCAACAUGGACUGUGUUUCUGAACCUGCUGGUGAUCAUCUCCAUCUCUCACUUCAAGAAGCUUCACACUCCAACCAACCUGAUUAUUCUCUCUCUGGCUGUGGCCGACCUGCUUAUUGGACUUAUUGUGAUGCCAAUAGAUGCCACUAGGUUGAUUGAGACAUGCUGGUACUUUGGAAACACUUUAUGUGCACUGUUUAUGACAAUUACGGGGGUGGUUCUCUCAGCAUCUCUUGGUAAUUUAGUUUUAAUUGCGAUUGAUCGUUAUGUGGCUGUGUGUCACCCUUUACAGUACCCACAGAAAAUAACCACAACUAAAGCCUUAAUGAUCAUCUGUCUUUGUUGGUUUUGCUCUUCAGCUUAUAUCACUGCUUUGUCAAGCAGCAACGGACGUUUUGACACAUCACACAAAACAGAAGCAUGUUAUGGAGAGUGUUAUGUCAUGAUAAGUUUUACAUGGAUAGUCACUGAUCUGUUCAUGUCCUUGAUGUUUCCUUGCACCCUGAUCAUAACUUUAUAUUUGAGGAUAUUUUAUGUUGUACAUCAGCAAGUGAAAGUUAUAAACUAUCUGAUGAAGGGUGGUAAAUGUGUAAUGGAAGGUUCAGUGAGGAGGAAAUCUGAGAGCAAAGCUGCUCUGACAUUAGGAAUCAUUGUGGCAAUUCAUAUUCUCUGCUGGUUACCUCUCUAUAUUUUUUCUCUUGCAGGGAAUACAGUAAUUUCCUCUGUAAUAGUGAAUGUUCUAACAUGGGUCUUCUAUAUUAACUCAGGCCUGAAUCCUCUAAUCUAUGCUUUAUUUUACCCUUGGUUUAGAAGGUCAUUUAAACACAUCAUAUCACUUAAGAUAUUUCAGUCAGCAUCAUCUUUGGUGGACAUUUUUAUAAAUAAUCAUUUGUGAGUGCUGUAUUUCACAAUGUGUUUGUGUUUCAGCUUUCAAAAUGGUAAAGCUCAGUUUUAAGCUGCACCCUCUGAUAAUAUUACAUGUUACAUUUUAUGUUGGUAAGAACUGUAAAUUUAAUUGUGGUUAAUUUUUAACAAUGUAUACGGACACCUUGUGGUCUCUCUUUCAACAGCUGUGCUGAUGAUGAUAUAAUGCACCAUAACCAAUAUUACAUGUUACAUGUUAUAUUGUGGUAAGAACUGUAAAUUUAAUUGUGGUUAAUUUUUAACAAUGUAUACAGACACUUUGUGUCUCUCUUCAUAGAAUGAGUUUUAUAACAUGAGAAACACAGCUGUGCUGAUAGGAUCUUGGCACAGAGAAAAAAAACAUCAAAUGAAAGAAUGGUAACAACUGAGUUGCAUUUUCCCUAAGAUUUAUUCAAAAUGUCAAUUUUUUAUAUUUCAGCUUCAAGACAAAAAGAUUUCAAAAUGAUCAAAACAGCCCUUCAAUGCAACUUCUGAAGAAAGGACAGACUAACAGUUAAUUCACUACAGUUGUGAAUGAUUUGUUCACAGGGAUGUUGAUCCAGGAACACAUUCAAUCUUGCUAAAUUGUGCUGAGAAGAUCAUCAGUUGUCAGCUGAAACAUUUACUUUUUUGUUUGAUUUAUUUGUUCUCUUUGAAGUUGUUGUUAGAAUGUGUUUCUCUGUAUUGUUGGCACCUGCACCACACUACUACUUGAACAAAGCUAGGAUACAAUUUUCACUCAGAAGUUUCUUGUUAGCUUGAAUUAGAAAUUAAUUUGUGCAGUUUUAAUACCAAUAUUGGUGUAAUAUUACAUUACCAUACAUUUUACAGAUACGACUAAUAAAUUAAGAAUAAAACAAAUAAAAUCUUAUGUCUGCCAUUCUUUUUUUACUCUGCAAUAAAUAAAUAGAGAGAGAGAGAGAGAUCAAAGUUAGAAGGUAACAUUGCCAUCACACAUACAGUACUGGAAAGUUAAUUAGCAGCCUAUUGUAUAGGUUGUAUAGUGUUUGUAAACUUAACUUACCUUAAAUAUUCUACUUAAUUCAA